AAAACUCCAGGAAAUUUGAAAUCCUUAGAACUGCAGAGCAAAAACAAAAACACAACCAUGGCGAAUCCUAUAAAAGAGAUUCUGGAGAAACAGGUUUUAACGGUGGCGAAAGCCAUGGAAGAUAAGAUAGACGACGAGAUCGCGUCUUUAGAAAAGCUUGACGAAGACGAUCUAGAGGUUCUGAGGGAGAGAAGGUUAAAGCAGAUGAAGAAAAUGGCUGAGAAAAAGAAACGUUGGAUGAGUCUUGGACAUGGCGAAUACUCUGAGAUCCAUUCUGAGAAAGACUUCUUCACCGUCGUUAAGGCUAGCGAACGCGUUGUAUGCCACUUCUACCGCGAGAAUUGGCCCUGUAAAGUGAUGGAUAAACACAUGAGUAUAUUGGCAAAGCAACACAUUGAGACGCGUUUUGUGAAGAUUCAAGCUGAGAAAAGUCCAUUCUUGGCUGAGAGGCUGAAGAUUGUUGUUCUUCCUACUCUAGCACUCAUUAAGAGCACUAAAGUGGAUGAUUAUGUGGUUGGGUUCAAUGAGCUAGGAGGGAAAGAUGAUUUCAGCACAGAGGAUUUGGAAGAGAGAAUAGCCAGAGCACAAGUGAUCCACUACGAGGGAGAGUCAUCUCUUAAACCAAAGUCUACUACACAAGUCAGAAGGAACGUAAGGCAGAGUGCUCAUUCUGAUUCUGACUCGGAAUGAAUCCCAAGUUUUUAAACAAACUUUUGUUGCUAUGUUCAUGAUCCGAACUCUUAUCUUGAGCCUUUUCUUUGUGAGUUUGUAUCCUGUGAAUUCAGUUGUGAUGUUGUAAUACAAAGUAGGAGAUGAUAUCAAAAUGGAUUUUGACCCUUUUUAAUCAUGGUCAUUCGAAAGAACA